AUGCCGGAUCCGCGUAAAUUGACAGCGAUAGAAACUACAAGUCGUACUGAGAUUCUUCCUGUGGUCAUUCGUCCGCCAACGUCUUACGUUCCAAAUCAUGAAGCUUUUCUAGAAAAAGCGGACAUCCAUCGUUUAAAACCAACUAGUGAUUUUAAGGGCACAUUCAAGGAUUGGAAGGACUUGAUGACUUGCGACAAACGUCAAUUGCGUGUCCGCGGUGUACCACGGAUGACUCGAGUUGCCAUUAGAAAUGCCGUUCAUGCAUAUCAAAAUGGGAAUCCCCCUGAGCAUUUUGAUACAAAGGAGGAAUGGUUAUAUUACAAGCAAUUCAAAACGAUUGAUUUCAGUUAUCGCGUCAUUCCCGAAUUACCUGAAAAGUACCGGCCUCAUCAAAAUGGCAUUGAUCAAGCACCUUUGCCGGAUUAUCGUGAGAUCAACAAAAUGCCCGAAUGGGCCAGAAAGGAAGAGGAGCGCCUUACGAAGAAAAUGAUAUGA